GGCGGUUGAACGUGGAGACACAUUUCGAAUGAAUGUGUGUUCGUGUUCAAUAAUAUGAGUCUUUUUCGUCGUUGUUACACCUUUGUACGAGAACCUUUGUCAAUUCGACAGGUUUUCUUACCUCGCACGUUAGUAAGCCAUGGAUUUGCCAUUCUUAAGACAAAACCUGCUAAAGUAGAGAUUCCGAAGCACCCUCCAAAUUCGUUCAUGUUGUUCGUGAACGCUAACCGCUCUCUCACUCAGAGCGAAUACCCGGACAAGAAACCUAAAGAAAUCAUGUCACUUUUGUCCGAUAAGUGGAGGAAAAUGUCUGAAGACGAAAAGGCUCCAUACAAGAAUGCUUAUGCUUCAAGGAUGAAAGAAUACAACGCGCCAUUGGCAAAGAUCCCCAAGAAACCCCCGGGCGUGUUUGGUUUGUUUUUGAAGGAGAAGUACUCCGAAGUUGAAUCCAAUAAUCCUGGUGUUAAAACCCCAGAAAUUAUGUCUGCUAUAUCCGAUGAGUGGAAUGGUCUUUCAGAUUCGGAGAAAGAACAAUGGCAAGAGAAACGGGAGAUACUAAUGCAGCAGUACAAGGAGAAAGUGAUGAACUUCGGGCAUGGAAUGUCCGCGGAGGAGCGCGCUUUUAUCGAGAAAAAGCGAGGCGCAUUGGUACACAAAAUCGAGAAAGAAAAGAAAACGCUGUUAGGGUACCCUAAAAGGCCGCUUUCAGCUUUUAUUCUUUUCUCCCAAAAGAACGCCGAAGCGGAGGGUGUGGCAAACCUUCCUGUAGCUGAACGAGCGAAAAUAAUGGGGCGCAAAUGGCGCGAAUUGUCCUCAGUAGAGAAGGAGGUGUACUUUGAGGAAAGCCGCAAAGCACGUGAAAAGUUUCAAAAGGAUGUAGCAGAGUGGAAGGAAAACAACCCAGAAGAUGCAUAAAAUGUUAAAAAUGUACUGUAGUAACUUAAAAUUCUUGUGAGAAACAAAGGGAAUAGUGUGUAAAAUGGUUACUGGUUUGAAACUAGUAACUUACAUAUGUCUGGAUGGUAACUGUAGAGUUUCCUAUGGUGAUAUUCCACCAGACUGUGAAUGGGCCCUUCAGUCUUCCUAGAGGUCUGUACUUGUAGGGCACUUUUAAUCAGCCAACGAACAGGCUUGGUUGGUUGUUCACAUGCUCUAAUGUGUAAGUCAGUUUGAAUCAGGAGCCCAUAAACCAGAGCGCGCAACUUCCAUGUGCUCAUGUCACAGUGCUUUCAUGGACGAGUUUAUUUUUAGAACAGUUUGAUGGAAGUUUUGAAUAUCCUUUAAAUUUCACAAACUAGUCAGCAAAACCUAUAGACCAAAAAAUGAUAUUAAUGGUUAGUUUUCCUUUUUGAUAUCUUGUACUUCAGAGAUUCUAUUUUCACAGGAAAAAGUGCCCUUAAAUGUGCUAAAAAUAAACUGGUUCAUAAAGACGCCUUGACAUAGGCCUAGUAUGGGAGUUGCUCACUCUGGGUUAUGGGCUCCCUUUUUUAACUGUCUCCCCCCCUCACUCCAGGCAGAGUGACCUGGAGUGAGGAGGGCCUGUUUGUAAGAGGUGAGCCAGCCUGCUCUUGUCACUUUUUCAUGAAUACAACAAAAAUUUUAUAUUAAGAAACAAGCCAUAAGCUGAGCCAGGCGAGUAAGGUGGACCCCCAUAUACAAGGACGGGGAUGCUUGUCAUCUCGUUCAGGGGUUAAAUUGCAAAUUUUGCCGUCAGUCAGGGUGUUUUGACCAAAAAUUGUUAUAAUUGCCCAUUCAAAUAUUACUUAGGGUGGUGCUUAAAGAAAUUUACCAAAAAAUGCUGUGACACUGACCACACAGAAAUCUAACAUUUCAAAAAGAACACAACAUCCCUGGCACGACACGACACACUUCAACUCUUAUUUAGAUGUCUGGUUUAGUAUGGUCUACUUCUUGAGGGGUCAGUUUAAACUUGAGCCACACCCACAUUGGUCUCCCUUAGGGGUUUACGGUACGACUACUGUAACCGGGGCCACUUAGACAAAGUUGACCAAUCAGAAUACUGGAAAAUGACAAUACAUUCCAAUUAAGUUGGUUAUGGGCCAAUCAGCAGCUUGUAAAAAAAAAACAAUAAGUUACUCAAAGUACAAAAUUUAAAUAUUAAUAGCAAAAGUUUUUCAAGAAAGCAAAAUGUUUCACCAGACAAUGUCUUUGUAUUCGAAACUUUACUUAUAACACACAGGAGACAUUAUUUGUUGGACACAAGCUGUCAUUGAAUGUCAUGUACCAGCAAUUUCUUUGUUACCAUUGCCUCGGUUUGAAAUAACAUGUGACCUCAGGUCAAAAUUAUAACUAACGUUUAUACUUUUUGCCUCCGUCGGUCACUCUAAGGGACCUCAGGAAACGUUGGCUUUCUUCAGCUGGUUCAAAAUGUCACGUCUGUAGGUUGUGAUUGGUCAAUAUCAAUACAAGUUUAUUUCGUUUCAAGGUAAUUUUGAUUGACACCUAACUUUCUCGGAAUAUGUGUAGUUAUUUUCCUAUAAUCCGAUUGGUCAACUUUGUCUUAGUGGCCCCAGUUAUAGUACUUGCACUGUUAUUUUUAUUUUUUGACAAUCAUCCCUGUCACUUUUACGUGGGAGUCCCCCUUCCAGGAGCAUGACAAGCUUAGGUAAUUUGGAAUUAAAGCAAGAGCACACUCUACUGCAAAAAGGACACAAUCACAUGAGUUAAGGGCUUAGUAUGCUUGAACCCAAUUUCUUGAGCCAGUCAGACACUGUAAUGUUACCCCCAGUUUCUCAAACCUCUGGAUAAUAGCAUGAAUUUGCUUUUUCCCAAGGUGCUGUGAGAAACAGAGAUUCCACUGCACUUGGGAUUGGUUUGUGUUAAUUGACUGUGCAUUACGCAAUUUCAUUACCUCACAAAGCAGUUGCAAAUCAGACCUUUCUUUGGCUUGCUCAUGGACACAUCAAGUUCUUCUUCCCCAAGAAUGUGCACUCUAAUAACAGAGGUAACAUUCUGGAAUUUCUGAAACAAUAGACUCUUUGAGAUCCCUUCACUCAUGUUUCUCAUGAGCUUUCUUUCUUCAGUUGUCUAGGUCUACUUGUAGAGAUUUAAAUAAUGUUGGAGACCUGUUGAAUAUUUAUUUUUAUAAUAGAUAAAAGAAGUUACCUCUUUUAAAGGAUAAGAUUACAAUAAUGUUAUUACUCAUGAAUGAAAAUUAACUGUUAACUGGUAAC